GGCCUCCAACCGCGUGGGUGCACACGGCAGAGGUCACAAGAGCCGACCAGAGACCCAAUUCAUUUUUCAGCGUGAGCUGCUUGAUUACUGAGGAAGCAGCCGAACGAGCGAUUGAUUGGACGAGAGGCGGUCUGUGUGUCCGAGGAGGGAGGGACAAGGAGAGGGCAAGCAGGAGCCGGUGAAAGCGAUGCGAUGAGUGUGCCCGUCCCCGCCCAGCCAUGAGUCAUUAUCCCGCCCCGCUCGUGAUUUUUCCAUUGCUUGGGAGCCGCCGCCUGCAUGACGACUGCGCGUCAUCGGUCGGCAGCUGCUAGGUUGUUCUCGUGUGUGGGUCGGCUUCGGCAUCCCUUCGAUGAGCAGCGGCUCUCUGCCGGUUCCACCACACAGCCAGUUACCCGCCAGCCCGAAACGCCCUUAUGCAGCGUCCUCCGACCCAAUGCAGCAACCGGCUCAGCCAACGGGGGCUGGACCAAGUGCACCUGGAGGGCCAGGAGAGGAGGGAGGGAGGAAUCUAGUCGCACUGAGGCACAGACUCUUCGUCACCAAACUGCCCUUUGAGGUCACUGGGGACGAUCUCAGGAGCCACUUCCAGCAGGUGGGAAGGGGAGAGAGAAAAGCAGAGAAUCUGUUCACUCGUAUGGAUGGAUGAUCGGUGUGUGUGUCGUGUUCAUCAGUUUGGCGAGGUGAGCGAUGCGUAUGUGCCGCGCAACCCCUACAAGCCCUAUAUGAACAAGGGAUUCGGAUUCGUGUCAUUCACUGACCAGCAAGCUGUCGAAAGGGUACGCGCAUGCGCACGAGGGCGGGCGAGAUGGCCGGUCAGUAGACCUGUGUGUGCAUUCCCUUCUCCUGCAGGCCUUAGCAACGCCGAUGCACGUCGUUCACAAUCGCCAGGUGGUCAUCGAUCGGGCCGUAUCGAGAGACCGAAACGACCGUAAGACAGCCCACCACAGCACAGGCCGACAGGUUCCCACAUGCACCAUUCUGUGUAUGGCGGUGUUGUGUUGUGCAGUGUUCGGUGCAAAGGUUCGCAUGUCUGAGCGUGGCGAGGAUCGCGCGCAGCCCCCCCUGGGCCCUCCCCAGGGCCCAUCCCCCGUCCCAUCACCCACCCCACCAUCAGCAGGACCGCCCACAGGUACACACCUGAUCGAAAGGGCACCAUCACAUCCGUCCAAUGCAAUGCACACACGAGGAUGCUCUCUGGUGUGGUGGUGUGUGUGUGUGCAGGUUCGACGACUCGCACGUCGUUCAUCAGCGGUGCGCCCCCCGAUUCCCAUUUUCCGGCGGCUCGCGGGCAGCCUCCCCCAGCGCAUGGCGCGCCGCCCUGGCCGGCGGGUCCGCCACCGCCGUAUGGGACGCCAUAUCCGGGGGGCAUCAGGAAGGACUCCUGGAUGAGGGAAGAGGGCGAGUACCCCAGGGUACUCACCCCACCACAAGUAAGGAAGGCAACAUGAAGGGGGCAAGGGGGGAAGAUACGGGCAUUAUUGGGCAUCCAUGUCUGGCCAUGUGUGUGUGUUGUCAGGGAGCGCCCUAUCCGCCGUCGGUGGGCGGGCCCAUGCCAGGCGGUCUCGGUGGCGUGCCGUCGCACAUGGCCCUCCCUGGCUCCAAGCUCUUCGUCGGACGGCUGUCGUACUCCACCUCUGCUGACGAUCUGAGGCGGUACUUCGCCAAGUUUGGGGAAGUCACCGACGCAUACAUCCCCAAAGGUGACUGACUGACCAAAUGAGACGACGCCGUGACACACCAACUAACAUGUGUUCUCUCCCUCUGUGUGUUGUGUCUGUGUCAGAGCCGACAACGGGUCGGAGUCGUGGGUUCGGUUUUCUGACUUUCUCUUCCCCUGAAGCCGUCCAGGCGGUCUUCGGUGCAGCGCCACACACGAUCGAUGGAAGACAGGUAUGUCCAAACACACAUGGACCAACACGGACAUGCACAGCCGCAAUCGUCUUCUCUCUCCAUGGUUUGUGUGCAGAUUGCUCUGGACCAUGCGGAUGCCCCCGUGCGAUCGUACGCCCCCGCCCCUCCCUCCGGCGUGGAGUCGCCCAUCCCCCUGCCGCCCUCCCCCUCCAGGCACUACCCACAGACCACGCCCUCAUUCCCCUCGCCGCCCAUGCCAUUCCCGCCCGCCCACCAGGGCCACGGGUUCUCGCCCGUGCUGGGGCCGCAUGAGCCGGGGCCGUACGAGGGGCACCAUGUGUACAUGGGUUACGGGGGGGCCAUGUAUGGCCAGCAGCAAUGGAGGGGGCACCUCUAAAUCUAGAGGCAGGCAAGGCAAGGCAGACGACGGCAAGGCAGACGACGGCGAGGCUGGGUUGGCUGAGCAGGUGGCUGAGUGGGUUUCUUCCUCCUUCCUUUUCCUGUGAUUGGUCGAUUUUGUCCGCGUGUUGGGAGGGAGGGAGGGAGGGAGGGAGUGAGGGAGGUGUCCAUGCGUACGAUGCAUACACGGCAUGCCACACCAUUCAUCCAUCCAAUCACACCACACUCCUGCCCUGCCCUGCUCUCAUUUUUCCGUCCGUGCGUCCAUCCAUUCGUCCAUGCAUCCACCCGUUCUUCUAUAAUACAGAGUGACUGAUUGAGUGAGCGAUUGAGCGAUAGAGUGAGUGAGAUGAGCGACCAAUGAAUGAAUGCCUAAAGAGAGGGCAUAUGUACCAUCAUGCAUGCGAAUGUGUCUGUCUGUAUCAUGUGGAUCGAUCGACGAACCUCGCCUGUGUCUGUAUGUAUCAAUACCUCUGCCAGCCUGACUGCCUGGAUGGAUGCACUCCUGCCUUGCCUUCCUCUAGUCUUUCUUCUCUCUCGACACACACAUGACAUGAAUAAGUGAAUGGAUGGCUGAAACGAAUUUGGCUCUCUCUGCUGCGUUGUCCGCUCUCCCCUGCCUGCCUGCCUGCCUCUUCACACUGACCGCUCUUCCUCUCAUUUCCUUUCAUCAGCACAACACUCGUUGUCUGUUUCCGUUUGCCCAUCUGUGUGUGGUGUGGUGUGUAUGGGGAACGAGAGACGCUCUACUGAGCAGCCGGGGAGCCAGAGAGAGAGAGACACACAGAGAGAGAGAGAGAGGGAGGAACAAAGGCAAGCAACACGAGAGAUGAGGAUCUUUUUCCGUGCCUGCCUGCCUGCUUGUCUGUCUUGUCUACGUCGACCCAUACGUCCAUGCGUGUAGCUUUAGUGCCCAUUGCAUUGCCACCCUGCCAAACGUGUGGCGAUACGGUUGCUUCUGUCUGUCAGCCCUGCAUUCUUCUCUCGCCGUCCGGGCUGCGGCCCGAUUGCCUGUGGCUCGCCAGUCUGCGAGAUACGGACAAUUGAGCCGACCCACGGUUGGCGAGAGGAGAAUGCAGAAGGUGACAACUCACGCCGGGCAGACUAGAGACAUGCUGCCUGCCUGCCUGCCUGCCUGACAUGCGCUGCCUGCGUCACAGGAAUGAUUUUUCGACUUGCCGCGCCACCCGCCACACGUCUGUCUGAGGUCACACAUCAACACGCUCCGUCGCACACGACUGCUGAACGGAUGGACCCACCGCGCACACAUACACACAUACAUGCAUACUUACAUACAUACUUGAUGCCCUGCUGUUGUAUAGAGAAGGGGAGGGGUGGGAGGGAGGGUGGAUGUGGGUGCUCGGAGGAAGCAAAAGGAAGGGCCCAUCACGCAGACGGGAGCGAUCGACUCUACUGAUUGUAGAGUAAAGGAGGGAACUUCACAUGCCGCCUUGCCUCGCCUCGCCUCGCCUCACCUCGACUAGCUGCCUUGUCUGUCUACCUGCCUGUCUGCUGCAGCAGGGUGCCUGCCGUGUGGGUGACUGCUGGUUAGUUGGAUGUAUGUAUGUGUGUGGCAGGGAGGGUCGGUGGGGCGGGUGGGUGGUUGGUGAGUGGCCCCUGCUUGCAGCGAGCGCAGCGCAGCGCGGUGACGAUUGCCUUGCCUGCGUGCCUGACAAUGAAGAAAUGCGUGCUGCAUCGAUGCAUCCAGAGGGAUGAGUUUUGAGAGGAGAGAGCGACUGAGUGAGUGAGAUGGAUGACUCGACUGAUGGACGGAUGGACGACUGACUGGUGUGAUUGAUCCACAACCACACAUGCAUGGGUGCACAUCACAUGCACGAGGG